CAACAAUGGCGUACAUGGUACAUUUCGGUUUUGCUUGUAUAACACUGGUUGUACAAGUGAUCCGAGGAUGUCCGAACGGCUGGGAAACAUUUGAUGGAUCUUGCUAUUUUGUGUUCAGCUUGAGGGAAGAUUGGAUAACUGCAUCGCAUACGUGUAGCUUACACCAUGGGUAUCUCGCUCAGGCCGAAGAUGAUUACGAAGACAACUUCUUGAAACAAAUAAUCACCAAAUAUCAUGAAGGAAAGAGAGGUGAUACGCACUUUUGGUUAGGCGGAGAUGACAUGUCUAAAGAAGGAGAAUGGCGAUGGACAGCAAAUGGUCAGCCUUUUAGUUAUACUAACUGGUAUCCUGGUGAACCAAACAAUUACCACGACCAGGACUGCUUAUUAGCGCAUAUACGGGGUACCCAUUUCUACUGGGAAGAUUGGAACUGCACCUCCAACUUCAAUUUUGUUUGUGAGAGUGGAGGACACUGGAUACAAUUCGGUUGAAAAUGAAUAUAAAUGUCACCUGGAAUACAAGUGAAAAUAAAAUAAUA